AUCGGAAUACGCACGCAUCCUGACGCCGUCCGACUUGUUUCGCAAGAAAAGUAGGUAGCACACUUGGGGACGUCGACCUUGUCGUGUAUAUAAUAAGCGAGCCCCCCUUCUUCUAAAGUCGUCCUCAAAGUUUUUUCUCUCGUCUCCGGCGUUUCUCUCAUCUGCGAUCGCAAUGGCUGCAAAGAUUAAGAUCGGGAUCAACGGGUUCGGAAGGAUCGGGAGGCUAGUUGCUAGAGUCGCUCUCCAGAGUGAUGAUGUUGAGCUAGUGGCUGUCAAUGACCCCUUCAUCACCACCGAUUACAUGACGUACAUGUUUAAAUAUGAUACCGUUCAUGGAUCAUGGAAGCAUCACGAUAUCAAGGUCAAGGACUCCAAGACUCUUCUCUUCGGAGAGAAAGAGGUUACCAUAUUUGGAAUUAGAAACCCUGAAGAGAUUCCGUGGGGUGAGACAGGUGCCGAUUAUGUUGUUGAAUCCACUGGUGUUUUCACGGACAAGGACAAGGCUGCUGCUCACCUUAAGGGUGGUGCUAAGAAGGUCAUCAUUUCUGCUCCCAGCAAAGAUGCUCCUAUGUUUGUUGUUGGCGUAAAUGAAAACGAGUACAAGUCUGAUAUUGAUAUUGUCUCCAAUGCAAGCUGCACUACCAACUGUCUUGCUCCUUUGGCCAAGGUUAUCCAUGAUAAAUUUGGAAUAGUAGAGGGUUUGAUGACGACAGUUCAUGCCAUCACUGCCACUCAAAAGACGGUUGAUGGACCCUCGAGCAAGGAUUGGAGAGGUGGACGUGCUGCCAGCUUCAACAUCAUUCCAAGCAGUACCGGUGCUGCCAAGGCUGUCGGGAAAGUGCUUCCUGCUUUGAAUGGAAAGUUAACUGGCAUGUCAUUCCGUGUUCCAACUGUCGAUGUCUCGGUUGUGGAUCUCACUGUCCGGCUAGAGAAAACAGCAACUUAUGAUGAGAUCAAAGCUACUAUUAAGGAGGAAUCUGAAGGAAAUCUCAAGGGCAUCUUAGGAUAUGUGGACGAGGACUUGGUCUCCUCUGACUUCGUUGGUGACAGCAGGUCGAGCAUUUUUGAUGCCAAGGCAGGAAUUGCUCUGAAUGAAAAUUUUGUCAAGCUUGUGUCCUGGUACGACAAUGAGUGGGGCUACAGUUCACGUGUUGUCGAUUUGAUUCGUCACAUGAACAAGGCCGAGUAAAAUCUUUUGAAGUUCUGGUUGCCAUUUCAAGUUCCCAAGUUUGUGUUGUUCAGAAAAAUAAAUUUGGCAAUGUUGUUUUUUGUUAAUUAUUUGGGUGUACGCUGGUCUAGGCGUUGCAUGCCUUUGCUUAAUCUCGAGUUGUUAAUUACUCAGCUUGAUAAAGAAGCUGAAAUUUUUAGCCUGUUUUGAGACUCUUGUAAGGCCGAAUUUAAUUUUUAUUGCCUUUUCUUUCGUAA